AUGCUAUAUUUACAAAUGAACGAAAUAGAAAUGUUACCCGGGGACGUGUUCUCGUGUUUGUCCCAACUUUUCUAUCUCGACUUGUCAAGUAACAAACUUAGCUCACUGGCUAAUACGUCGUUGGCUGGACUAUCGGGACUACAAACAUUGUCGUUGUCCAACAAUCAUUUAGCGGGUCUGGAACGUCUGUAUUUGGAUGAUCUAUCGGAGCUUAUGGUCGUGAAGCUGGAAACAAACCAGGUAGAGACGUUCAGUGGAAGUGUUCUCGAUUCUCUGCCACGGCUGUCGCAACUGUAUCUUGACGACAAUCCGCUACAAUGCGACUGCAGAUUGAUAGAUUUACUUGCUUGGAGUGGUCGUCCUGGUAAUUUUCUGUCUGGGGCGAUAUGUUACUCUCCGCCCAGUUUAAGUGGUCGAAAGCUCACCCAGCUGAGCGAAGAUGAUCUUAUUUGCAUAAGUCCGAGAAUAGACUACUACAGCGAUGACGUCAUCGCCAUGGCGGGUACGAUGGUGGAAUUAUUUUGCAACGCUUCUGGUCAGCCAGAACCUAUUAUCACGUGGUCCACGCCACGAGGGCGGUACAUACCACCCAACCACGACAAGGGUGAAAAAUUCACAACGUACGAGAAUGGAAUUCUAGUGAUAAGCGAUGUUGAUUACACCGAUGAUGGGAAAUAUACUUGCAGAGCGGCGAACAUAGAGGGCGAUACUAGCGUCGCCAUCGCCCUCACAGUCAUUGGACGAAUUUCAAGCACACCCGAGACAACGCCGGAAGGAAGUCCAAUUGCCCCAGUGAGCCAGUGCGAUGCAACGGGACAAAUCUUGGGAACAUUCUUCGGUACCUUUUUCGGUACGCUUCUACUGUGUGCUUUACUGUUUUACGUUUGGUUUUCCCGACAGAAUAAAAAGAAACAAAACUUCAACUGUGAAGUGUUUAAUAACCUUGGCGUGCCGAGCACAGUGAGGUCUUCGCCAUCGACUUCACCAAUAGCAAACAGGCAAGGUAACCCAGAGUCGCAGCGCGACGUGUCACCGGCGAGCACUGCACAUGCUAACCAGCUCGUCACAUUCCCAUUACAGACAGAAAAAACAGAAAACAUCCGCCAAAACAACACCGAUAACCCCGCAAUAAAAGUUAUCCCUGAAUAUUUUGAAAUAAUACCGGAUGAUAACCCAACUAUCCCACCAACCACCCGGAACUCUGCUCCGGCUGGCACGUGCAAUCCCGGUUAUGAUUACGCCUAUGAGGUCCCAGAACGCGAGCGGCGCUAUACCGCACUGGUUAAAGACGAGGAAGCGAUUUAUCAAACAUUAUAUGACCACCAGGCGAACGUUUAA